CCUGGGAGUUGUAGUUGAGUUCCUGCUGUAUCUCUGGCUGUUACAUUUCCUCCAGCAUGCUGGCUCAGUAAGUCUAUGAAACUGCAAAUGGAUGCCAUUACAACGGAAGGUCCACAGGAAGAAUCACAAUUACCAAUCAAGAAGAAUGUUUAAAGGUUAAAAUUGCCAGAGAACUCUUACAGGGAAGAAGUUAGGUAAGGUGACCCUCUACUGCUGCCUUUUCAUACCAAGAUCUUUCUUAAUUCCUCAUCUGUGUGGGGGAGAGCAUGAGUGACACUGAUGCCUGCCACAGAGAUGGACGACUUCCGCCAAGCCUAUGCUCGGGUGUGCAAAGAGAACGGUGCUGAGCCUCAGGAGAGCAUCCUGCAGCACUUGGAGGAAGCGACGGGGAGAAGCCGCUUGGAUUUGGCCACACAGAGUCUUUCUGUGGAGACCUGCGGAGCCCUUGGCAAGCUCUUGCAGGAUGAGCUCCAGUUCACCGAGAUAACACUGAGCGAUUGCAUGCUGAGUGAAGAAGGGGCUAAGCUGCUACUGCAUGGCCUUUGUUCCAAUACUGUUGUGAAAGCCUUGGACCUGAAGGGAAACAACUUGCGAGCCGUUGGUGCAGAAGCUCUGGGGAAACUGCUGCGGCAAAACAAGUCGAUCAGGAGUCUCACUUUGGAAUGGAACAAUCUGGGUAUAUGGGAAGAAAGCUUUGCCAGAUUCUGUGAGGGCCUGGGUGCCAACGCUCAGCUUCAGCAUGUGGAUUUGCGCAAUAAUCAGAUCAACCACCAGGGGGCAGGAGACCUGGCUAUGGCCUUGAAAACCAAUUCCACUCUUCAGGAACUUGAUCUGCGCUGGAAUAAUGUUGGGCUCCUGGGGGGCCGUGCACUCCUGAAUUGUCUGCAUAGCAACCGGGCACUACGACAACUGGAACUGGCUGGCAACAAUGUGCCCAGUGACAUCCUGAAGGCUGUGGAUCACGCUAUGGAACAUAACCAAGAGCAUCAGAACAUUCUCUGCAAGAGUCGCAACAUGACACACGUGCUCAGCAAAGAGGUUCUGAGCUUAAAAGAGGAGAAAGCUAAGCAGUUCCUGGAUCUGAUGGACACUAUUGACAAACAGCGAGAGGAGAUCACUCGCAGCAGUAGGGUGUCAGCAGCACGGGUAGGGCAGCUCCAAGAGGCCCUGAACGAACGCCAUUCUGUGAUGAACUCACUGAAAGCAAAGCUCCAGAUGACCGAGGCCGCCUUGGCUCUGUCAGAACAGAAGGUGUGCAACCUGGGGGAGCUGCUCAGUGCAGCCAAGGAGGAGCAGGCGAGGCUGGGGGAGAACCAUGCCAAGGAGCUGCAGCAAUGCAAAAAGGGUUCAGCUGACCGUGAGGCAAAGCUCCAGCAUGAGCUUUCGGCAGUCCAUGAGAAAAACCUCCUGCUCAAGGAUCAGGUGGACGAGCUGGAAAGAAAAUGCAAAACACAGCAGGAGCAGUUUUUCCAGGUGAAGGAGGAGCUGACCCAUAGAACUGCAGAAAUGAAACUGCGGACAGUACAGGCUGAAGAGCGCUUGGAGAUGGAGAAGAAGAGGUUCAAGCAGGCUCUGGAGGACGCAGAGUCCCUUCGGCUGAAGGAGGUGGAUCACAUGACACAUCAUAUGGAGGCAAGCGAGCGUGCUUUGCAGGAGCGCAUCCAGCGACUGGAAGGUGUCCGCAUAGGGCUUGAGGAGGAACUCAGCCAAAUGAAAGCUACUGCUCUUAUAGAGCGAGGCCAGAUUGAAGAAGAACUCAUUAAAGCCAAGAACCAAGCCAAGCUGGAAGAGCAACAGCGAUUGGAGCAUCUAGAGGAAAAGCUGCGGCUGAUGAUGCGGGCCCGCGAUGAGGCUCAGAAUUACUGCCAGCAGCAGAAACAAGCUGUGGCUGAGGCGAAUGCAAAGGAGAGUCAGAUGAGCUUGCAGGUGGAAGGACUCCAGAGGCGGAUGGAAGAGCUUCAGCAGGAGCUCAGCAACAAGGAGCAGGCGAAGGUCGUCGAGGUGAACAAAGUGAGAGUGGAGCUGCAGGAGCAGAUCGGACGCCUGGAAGCCGAGAGGAUAGCGCAGGAAGGGAUGCGAGAGAGGAUUGCAGCCCUGGAGCGACAGCUGAAAGUGUUGUGCAGUAACCACCGCGAGGCGUUGCUGGAUAAAGAAGGCGAAAUUUCAAGCCUACAAGAGAAGUUGCGGGUUCGUGAGGCAGAGAUCUCCAGGAUGAGGGAAGAGGAAGCUCAGCGGGCCAGUUUUCUUCAAAACGCCAUCAUGGCCUACGUGCAGGCCUCCCCCUUGGGCACUCUCAGCCCCAAGAAAUAGCGUGAGUUUUGGAAGACUCAGAGUCUCAACUUCAAGGAAAGGAACUGUAUCUUGAGAACCAUGUCCAGGCUGUGAAGCAUGUGGGCAUCAUCACACGCUCUGACUUCCUAAUGUCUCUGGGAGAUCUUGCAACAGACUGCACUGUCAGCUGUGUGAGGCAGGGGCUGAGGUAUUCUUGGAGGACUCAAGAGUUGCUUUAAAAACCAUUUCAGUGGUGUGUACCAAAGCCUAGUUUUCUCUAAAACUGCAAACAGUAAUGCAGAAUUUUAAGGUAAAGCCAUCCAUUCUGGUUCAGAGCUCACAAAAGUGUAUGUUCACACAAGCAGGGAAGAUAUCACAAAUAUUGGCUUCGAUCUUGGGUCCAGUGUACUCAUGACAUUUCUGGUAUGAUUGCUCUUGGGGGGGGGGAGAAAUACUUUCAUGCGCUCAGCUCUCGUAGUGCAUCAGCGACAAGUACAAAGCAUUUUAAAUCAUCCAGAUCAUGUAGGUAGUUCUCAUACCCAUCAUUCAGCAGCAUGGUGACUAGUGAUGUUAAUCUGUGAAAUAAGUGAUCACAUUUCAGCUGAGAAACAAAUCUGCACCUGAAAGGGUAAUUAUUGCAGGAUUUCUUUGCACAGGCUGUGCUUCAUGCAACUUUUUCCAUGCCUGGUUUUGCAGUUAGCAUGUGACUGGUCACAUGAAGGAAAGCCUGAGGAAAGAGGGAAGGAAAUGGCUAGUCUGAUUGCCCUCACACAAUCAUGUCAAUGAAUGGGAUUUUGGCCUGAAUCUUUACAUGCCAUAUAAUUAUAAAGCAGAGGUAGGCAACUGUAGCCCUCCAGCAGUUUUUGGACUACAGCUUCUGUCAAACUUUGUCAGUGUAGCUAGUGGUGGAUUAUGGGAUUUGCAUCUAGAAACACCUAAAGAGCCACACUUGUCCACCCUAUUAUGAAGGGAUAUGGAAGGGGAGGACUAUUUUUGGGGGGAUAGUCUGGACGUGUCCCAUUGCUGCUCCCAACAGAACAAGCUUCUGCCGCUUGUGCAUGAUGAUAUUUCCUCAGCUGCCGGCUGUACACAACGAGUGUCCUAAAAGGGGCAUGAGUUUGAUUCUCACAUAGAGCCUUCACAAUCUUGGUAAUGAGGAGAGGGCCCUUGUUGACUACGGGUUUUUAACUGAUGAGAUGUGGGACUUCAACUUGCAGGGUGGGUUGAUUUCCAGACUGCUCAGAUUUUGUUAUCUUCCUUCCAUCAUGGAUUAGAGUAGGGGUCCCCAAUCCCCAGUCCACGGCCCGGAGCUGGUCCGUGGCCUGGGCUGGACCGGGCCAAGGAGACAGAUCUCCCACCCACCCCACAUGCACACCCGCAAAGCCCAUUUGCACAUGCACGUGAGUACGCGCGUGCAAGUGCCCCUCACCCCAUUUGCGAGUGUGUGCGAGUGUCCCCAAGCAACCCCACUCUUUGUGCCUGCACACGAGCGCCUGCACAAGCGCACGUCAGCUACUUUGUGCAUGUGCACGAGUGUGGGGGGGGGUGCCCCGCCUUCCCCAACCAGUCCAUGGACUUUAAAAGGUUGGGGACAGCUGGAUUAGAGCACAGAAAUGACCAGCUUGAGAAUUCCUGUGUAAAAUCAGUACCAACAUGAAAUGUUUUGUCCUUCUGCCCAAUUAAGGACUAGCUUGCAUUUGGAGUUUAAUAUAUAUGUAAAUAUAAAUAUUGUGCCGUCUC